AUGGUAUCUGAAAGCGUCAAUUACAUUAAUUCACUGAAACUACAGGUGAAACCAUCUUCAGAUAAUAUCAUAACAGUUCUCGAAAAUGGUAAAGAAUACACAGUCAAUAUGGUCAAGAGAACAUGUACAUGCAAAAAGUUUGAUAUCGAUGAAAUUCCUUGUAAACAUGACGUAGCAUUUCUAGCCGACAAGAAGAUUGAACCUUAUGCGUACUGUUCAAGAUACUAUACAAAUGCAGCUAUGUUAGCGACAUAUUCUGAAACCGUAUAUCCAUUGGAGAAGGAAGAAGAAUGGAUUAUUCCAUAA